AUGGUUAGACUCUAUGUCGUCUACGCAGCCCGCAGUAAUAAAGUCGAUGGGGGGUCCGUUCUCCGCCACUGGGCUUUGCUCAUCAGCGACAAUGGCACCAUUGGCCGCCGUUGUCACGUCUUCAAUAGAGGGCCUGCCGGUGGAGAAAUGGUGUAUGAAAUGACGGAGAACUUCAGCAUCCUGGACGACCGUGCCUAUUCUACCGACCGAGUUGCAUUGGGUGUGGAACUAGUUGGAGAGAUGUCAUCGAUUUUAGCCACCAUUGAGGCCGUCGAUCGCCCCAACCAGCAAUUCGAGAAUUUCGAGUUUUUUCCUCACUGCCAGGAUUGGUGCCAUGAUGUCGUUAAAGCAUUGAUUGGGAAGGGAAUGGUUCCUGCGGAAUCCCUCGACAUGUUGAAGCUCAUACCCUCUCGCGAUUAA